GACACAGAGGCUAAAGCUAAUCCCAUCAGCUUAGACUGGCAUCGUAGUGAAAGGCAGUCAAUGGCAGCACACAGAGAGAUUGUGGAAGUGUCACUGUGUACAAUAUAGAUUUCUGAGGAGUUGAAAGACUUUAUUCCAAAAAACCAAGGCUCCAGUAGGAGGGAAAAAGGAAGAAGAGCUGUCUUAUGUGCAAGUGGACAAAUUUGACAAUGAGGGAUAUUUGGAUAAGGUAGGAACAAAUUACAAUAUUUAGAUUUAGCUAAGCCUUUCAAGACCACAAAAGGCAAUGGAAUGAAGAUCAUGCAAUACGAAUUUAACAGCAGAAUACUUCAAAGACAAUUAAAACAUGACUGAUAGAAGACUUAGUGAACCAAAAGCUAAGAAGCAAAUAGAAAUGAAAAAUGAUGUAGAGAACGUUGACGCUGACUCAAAGCGUUGCUUGGUAGAGAGAAACAAAAGCAGUCGUGAGACACAAAUUCACGAAAAUGUUUUAGGGAAAGUGCAUUUAACCUCAUCUGAUAGGAAAGGAAAUAAGGGAGGAAGAGAAAGGAACAAUGACGAAUUUUGGAGAAUAGCUUCUGAUAUUCUUCAAGGUGAGCAACUACUUCACCGUCUGCAAAUGGUGCAACAACGGCAGGAGGCAGAUAUGCAAACCUGCCAGGAAGAACAUGAGAAGGAACAUGGGAAGUUUCUGACUGAAGAUUUGGUAACAAGAGAAGGGAACAACUCAGGUGAAGAUGAGAAAGAAGAGAUAAGACUUCACACCAUCAAUUCUGACAAGACAAAUCCAUUGGAGAACGAAAUCACUGAAGAGAAAGAGAGUGGAAAAACUCAAGAAGUCAUACCUACACAGCCUGAGCACGAUAUUACCACUAAAGCAGCAGAUCAUUCUGAUGAGAAUCCUAGUGUCAGUGUGUGUAAAGAGUGGAUUCCAAUCAAUUCCGCAGAAACCAUUUGCAAUGCAACUUCCUUUCGAUCCUCUUGCCACCGACUCUCUGUCACAGAGACCUCAACAGAGAGGCGAAUCCAUGAGGAUGCCCAAGGGAAACAGAACCUUCAGAGAGCUGCAGGGAUUUUAAACUUGGCAGAUGACCCAGACGUACUGGAGAUCCCUUUUAAUACCAACAUAAUGUUUGAACUACUUCCCACAAAAAUAUGUCCAGGCCAAGACAAUGAUUGUUUGGUUUCAAAGCAGAAAAUGCUGGAUGAGGUAAAUCGGGAAAAUCAGAGAGGUCUUGGUACAACUAGACAGAGGGAAGUCCAAAAGGGGUUCCGUGAAGGGAACACACAUCAAUUAAAGGAGAGGAAAUUGCUGUUUGAAGCGUUCCAGCAGGAUACCACACAGGGUCCGACCAGACUGAGGAAGCCCCUUACUACAUCAAUCACGAAUCAAGUUUGUCCCACAGUGCUAGAACGCACACGUAGCCUGGAUAUGUUUUCGACCUUAGAGAGGAAGAAAAGUUUGGAAAACCUGCACUCAACGAUGCCAAGUGGUGGAUCACGAGAUAAAACACGAUUAUCUCCAUACCCAAAGCAGGACAAAAAUGUACGUCUUUAUAGAAGUUCAGACUCCAUAAGCUCUGAGCCCACCACACAAAUAACAGAAAGUAGCAGCUCAGUAGGGUUGGACAAGGUACAACUGGAAGCUCCCUUAUUCAAACAAAACCCUUUCUUCAAGCUGCGUCCAGCAUUGGCGCUGAAGCCGGAGGUUGAGAAGGAAAUCCGGGAAGCUGAAGCAAGAGAAGAUGAGCUUCGCAGACAAAGGCGUACCAUCUACGGAGAUAAGCGACAGAGUUCACAGGAGGUUGACAAGGCCUCCCACACGUUGACUGUCAUACCAGGUGCAAAGCAAGAGUUGCGAGGUAAACUGGAACGAGUCUGGCCACCUCCGAGCAACAAAGAACAUCUAAAAUCUGAACAGACUAAGGGGCCGAGUGUGCACAAAGCAGGAAGUCAGAGGUCUCAUCUGUGGCAACGCUGGGAGUUUGGUCAGAUCAAUGGGCAGCAUUCAGCAGAAAAGGACUGACGCCUGCCAAGUCUAACACUGCAAAAUGAUAAAAUACUAACAUUACUUAUACCAAAGGUUGCAAUAUUAGUUGUUAGUUCCUUUUUAAAUAAUGCUCCUCUUAACAUGCUGUAUACAUUCUACUUUACUUAACUGAAGUCCUAGUCAGAUUUGAAAAUACAGUAUUCAGUUGCUGAAAUGGGUCUGAAGAAUGUGGUUUGGUUUUCGGUCCGAAACACUAUUAUUUAUUUUUUAACAAAAUUACAUUACAGAAACCAAAAAGUUGCGUUGACGGAAGCAAAUAGCUCAAGAGCACGCACUUCUCUUGCUAUAGUGACAGCAAAUUCAGUCAAUGAGUGUGUGUUGGCUUGGUGCAGCUAUGAGGAAAGAGAAUCUAUGACAUUCACUUUCCACCUUUAGAUCUCAAGUCUUUCUCCCUUAAAAACGGGGUUAGCAGUUCAUCUUUCCAGCUUUGGAAAUUUAUUUUUCCUCUCAUUCCCACAUGUGGGCAAGCACAACCUACAUCUUUUCUCAACGUGACUCCACUGCACUGUAUAAUUGGUUUAUGUUUUUGGCCUCCGUUUUCUCAUAUUCGGUUUCAUUUUCGUUUUGGUGCAUCACCAAGUCAUUUUCUUUUUUGGGGGGUUGGGAGGUCAGAGGGUUUACAUAUUUAACAGUAUAUUAUUAAUUUAAUUGCAUUAUACAGUACAGUACACACAUCAAUGAAAUAAAAUAAGUUCUCUGAUACAACUUAGAGCAUUAUAGAAAAACACUCCAUCAAUCCAACCCUCUUAGCCUAAAAGUCUAUAUUUGAACAAAUUAAGAAGAGGGGAAAAAAUGCACCCAAAGUGUGAGCCAAUGGCAUACGCGGAGAUUAAGGGGGGCGGGGGAGUCUGAGUGAGGAAAAGCGGCAUGGAAAAUUAACGAAUGAAUGAAUGAAUUUAAAAUUAAGAUUUUGCCGGUAAAAUGUUGUCCAUAAAAGUUGUAAAGCAAUAAAACCACCAACAAAAAUGAAUAAAAUGAGCACAAAAUUAUAUUUUUAAAAUGGGUCAAAAUUAAUUUUUGAACAGAUCGUGUGACUAGUACCUAGAAACGGUCAUUUGCUUUGCUAAGCCAAAACCACCUAAUCUAAGCUUUCAAAAGCGACAACAACUACUGAGCGAGAACUGAGCAGAGCACCGCCAAAAUGGUGAGCGACGUUUCACUUUGUCCCACGAAAGAUGCUAAUUGUACAACAGAGCCACAACCAGGUGUACCGUAUUCAAUGGGCGACGACCUUGGCCAGAAGGAUAGCUGUCCUAAGCAGCCUGAUUUAGAAUUCCCCUAAAAAAUGACGGGAAACAAAAAAACGCUCAUUUUCAAUGUAUGAUUAUAAAUUUUCCUGGUUGGAAUAUUCAGACAAAAAGGAUGCUGUAUCUUGGUUUGCCUGCCGCCAUUGUCAAACUCACCACAUUGAGGAUUCCUUUCGCAAAGGUGUGAGAGACUGGAAAAACAUUAAAUUGGAUAUCUCCGCGGAACGCAAAAAUCGGCGCCUACUUCACAGAAAAACGUGCGCGCUGAUACACGCACACACAACCACACACACAGCUGGGAUGCCUGUUUUCACGAGUAUGGGCUAAGCUACUAAACGAGCAUAUAUCUUGUAAGUUAAUUUUAUUGCUGAUGCGGAGUCAUCAACAUGUUUUGCCCCUCCUGCCACAAGAGUCAAACUCCGCCUAUGGUUAUAAGCAGGGGUGAAAGUGGUUAGAAUUUCUUGCCGGAACUCCCCAACGUGAAGGUCGCCACGG